AUGGCGGAUGCAAACCCCCAGCCACUUACCACUAAGAGAAAACGCCCAGCACGCCGUCGCGGCAAGGACAUCGGGCACAAGAACGACGCGGCGCAGAAGCGUGCUGGGAAAGAGGCCGGGGACGGGGACGGUGACGGGGACGGGGUGGUCGGUGAGAGUAAAGCUGCUCAGAGUCAGAGUGACGCCCCGACUCAGGAAGGGUUCCAGCCGCAACGCGAGAAGAGGAAGAGACCGAAGCGGCGUCGUGGCUGGAACAUUGGUCAGAAGAGUGAGGGACAGGCUCAGGCUCAGGUUGUGAGCAAGGACGAGAGCAAGGGACAGGCUGAGGUUGCGAGCAAGGGCGAGAGCAAGGGUCAGGAAGGACCCCGACCGCAAAUUUCCGAGGGGAAGAAGAGGCGGAACCAGCGUCUCAAUCGCUAUCGCCUGAAGAAGAAUAAGGAGUGGAAGGCUAAGCGCGCAGAGAUGGCUACCGCUGCCGGUGGGGCUGCUGCUGGUGCCGCUGUGGCUGGGGGUGCGAAGGGUAUGGAUGGUCAAAAGGCCCUGGGAGAAACCACGGCUGCGGGAACGACUACGACGACUACGACUACGCCGGCUGUGGAGGAGAAGGGUGAUGGUGAAGUGAAGGAAGAGCAGGGAGGACCCCAACCGCAGCCCGAGAAGAAUAAGAUGUCACGCUCACGCUCGCGUCGCCGGGCAAAGGCUAAGCGCGCAGAGGUGGCCGCCGGUGAGGCUACUGAUGCCGCUGUAGCUGAGGGUGUGGAGGCUAUGGAUACCGAGAUGACACCGGCCCCGGCCGCGGCAGAGGUUAUGACUACGGCUCUGGCUGAGGAGAAAGGUGAUGGGGAAGCGCAGGAUCCGGCUAUUCCGGCUAUCCAGGCGGAGGCAGAGGCGAACACUGUGCCUGUGGAGGACAUCCAGAUGGUGUCUGCUUAG